AUGUAUUCUCCGAAACGGGUUAAGCUGAAUCUCACCAACAAAGUAAGAAAACGACCUGAAACUGAAGAAAAUUGUGAAGAACUUUACCCACCUACAGCUCUUGCUCGAAAUGGAAUCAGUCCAUACUUCAUCGGGAAGCCUCGCCGAAAAGUUAUCUCAAACGAAAGAAAUUCUGAAGCAGGCCCACCACCUCCGUUCCCUCUUCGAAUUCAACGUAAAGUGCCUGAAGAUGAUCCUGAAAGCAUUGUCAUUGACGAAGACGAUGAAGAUAUCACAGAUGUACCUGUUCAAGUAAAACGUGAUCCUCAAAAAACCUACAAUCGUCCUUUUUUUGGCGAAAAGAGCAGUAUAAAUUCUGAAGAAGUAUCCAGUGCUAAGUCCAAAGAAGAAAAACGACGAGAUCCAUUCACAAUGCGAGGUUUCGAUUUUGGAAGUGACGAGAAAGUAGUCAAAAUCAGAGACAAGAUAUGCGAUAUAGUGGACCCGACAGGCUCCAGAAGGUCAGAUCCGAAAUUCAUUCAGCAAAUGCACGAGAAUACAUUGAAAGGCAUCGAGGUGGCGUCUAACCCGGAUUUUAAGAAAAAAAGAGGGCCAAUCAAAAAUCGCGCUGCUAUUCAAUCGACACUGGGCUCCAUAUAUCCGAAUUUCCUCACUGCCAGUGGCCAAGAACCACAGAAAAGCAAAUUCCAAGUACCUCUCGACCGUCAAUCAAGUACACAAUCCAAUAGUUCGAUUCCUCCAACCAGAAAAACAAUUGCACCUGAACUCCCGAAACGAAGCUCAAACUCGUCAUCACUCAUCAAGAAAGCAAUGGGGAUGGACACAGAAGGUGGUGGAAAAGAUGAGAAAAUUGAUGGAUUGAGGGCGGAACCCAGCUUGAAGCACUUCGAUGAAAAUAUAAUUUCGUUGAUCGAAUCUGAAAUCAUGUCGGUGAACAAUGAGAUUGGAUGGGCUGACGUGGCAGGACUGGAAGGAGCGAAGAAAGCACUAAGGGAGAUUGUGGUACUUCCAUUCAAAAGACCAGAUGUAUUCACCGGAAUUCGUGCUCCACCAAAAGGAGUUCUUCUCUUCGGACCUCCUGGUACUGGUAAAACGAUGAUCGGACGUUGUGUAGCAUCUCAAUGCAAAGCCACAUUCUUCAAUAUCUCUGCCUCAUCCCUAACAUCAAAAUGGGUCGGAGAAGGCGAGAAACUCGUUCGUGCACUCUUUUCGGUGGCUCGUUUGAAACUUCCAAGUGUCAUUUUCAUUGAUGAAAUUGACUCGUUGUUGUCUGCGAGAUCUGAGUCUGAACAUGAAUCUUCUCGGAGAAUUAAAACUGAAUUUCUUGUUCAGUUAGAUGGUGUCAAUACCGCUCCAGAUGAACGACUUCUUGUUUUGGGCGCCACGAAUCGGCCACAAGAAUUGGAUGAAGCUGCUCGUCGAAGGUUUCAGAAGAGAUUGUAUAUUGCUCUUCCGGAACCUGAAUCCCGUACCCAAAUUGUUCAAAACUUGUUGAAAGGAACUCGUCACGAUAUAACGGACCACAAUUUGGAGCGGAUUCGACUGUUAACUGACGGCUAUUCUGGAGCCGAUAUGAGACAGUUGUGUACCGAAGCAGCAAUGGGACCAAUCAGAGAUAUCGGAGAUGAAAUCGAAACUAUUGAUAAAGAUGAUAUUCGCGCUGUGACGGUCUCUGAUUUCGCCGAUGCUGCUCGUGUUGUCCGUCCUACUGUCGAUGAUUCUCAACUAGAUGCUUACGCCGCUUGGGACAAGAAAUUCGGAUGCCUGCCUCCGCCACUUCUACAUUGA